AUGCCAGCUUCACGAACAAAUGUGACCAAACGUGCCUGUGACGGGUGCAAGAUUCGCAAGAUCCGUUGUGGAGGCGGGCAGCCAUGCCAGGCCUGUACCAAUUCGCGCAUCAAAUGCACCUACAUCCGCGUUCAGCAGCCUCGAGGUCCGCAGCGUUUGCGCUCGACGACAAAGUAUCUCAUCGAGCAGACCCAGCGUGGACUCGACGCGCAAAAUGACGGAUGCACCUCCGUUCCAGUCCAACAGGCUGGCCAUCAGGAUCAUCAAACUGAAAGAUUGCGAAUACCGACCAACAUCCUUGCACCCCCGCUCUACGUAUACCACAUGCGCAUGUAUCCAGUUUGGCCCAUCGUCAAUGUCGAAAGCCUCAUCUCAGUCCUACAAGAAGAUACAGAACGGAAGGAUCUGCCAAGGUAUACCUUGGCGACAGCCGUCGCAGCAGCGACGCUGGCUCAACUCAAGCUUGAAGAUUUGACUACCGGCGACUCGCCGACCGCAGACGCAUUCGCAGCCGAGUGCCUGCACGCCCGUGAUUCGUAUGGAUAUAGAUCAAGACCGAGCUUGGACAAUAUCCGGACUUCGUUUUUCCUACAUGUAUACUAUGAGAACCAACAAUCUGGAGGAAGUGAGUCGUUGCUUUAUUUGAGGGAAGCCAUUACCAUGGCGCAAAUGAUGCGCCUACAUCAGGAGGCUUCUUACAUCGGACUCAGUCCAGAGGAACAGCAACUCCGCCGUCGCAUUCUAUGGCUGCUUUUCGUGACGGAACGGGGUGUUUGUAUCCUCCACCAGCUUCCGGUGAUACUCAGAACUAACAUCUCGACCCCUGGGCUUGACGAACAUGACGAACCGCAAGUCCUACCCGCAUUCCUGAAACUACUCAAUCUAUUUCGCCUCUUCGAAAAGUCCAAGAUGUUUGAUCUGUUGGAAUCCCAGAGCGUCGGUACUCAUGACCUGAGCGGAGCGGGACCGGACGGUAGGUUCCUCAAACUGCUACAGGAUGGGCUGCAGGACGGGUCAGCACUGCUGGAUCAUACAUCGGACGUGCAGAAAGCAGACCUAUGUGUCACCCGCCAUUGGAUGCGUCUGAUCCUGUGGAAGAAUCUGUCAAGAAACAGCACGACAAGCGGACAUUCACCAACGUCGCUUUUCUCACCGUUAUUCCCUGUGAUGGUCGCGAAGGAGCUCCUGGCCAUAGUAACUCAGUUACCAAGACCGGCGAUUGAGGCGCAUGGCUUGGGGAUGGAGUUGAAGCUGUACGAAAUUGCCAAUUCGCUGGCGGAUGCGGUUAUGAAUCUGGCAAUGCUCCCGCGGCCUCCUGUUUGGGACGUCGAGAGUCGUCCAAGCCAAAUUUUGGCCCGCUUGCAUGCCAUUCUGUCAACAUUUCGCGGUGGUGGUAACAAGCAGCUGGUUGAAUUGUUGUAUAAGAAGAUGGCUGAGGUGCAAUCGAUUAGUGGACUCACAUUGGGAGCGUCGCUCAAAGCCCCGGCUCGCAGGCCACAACUUGAGCAGUCAUCGGAAUCAACGUGUAGACAUGCAAUCACCGAGAAUGCAUUCCUUGACCAGUCACCAUCUGAAUCGAGUCAGGUAAUGUCAAUGAGCGGUUGGUUCAAUUUUGGGUCUUCAUACACAUUGCAAGAAGGCGGAGAUGCGCAGCCAGAUCGUUCUGACGGCUGCUUCUUGCCCGACGAUACGAUCACUGCAAUAGCCUCGACAUCCGAUAAUUUUUCCAACGCAUGGACCGCAGAGUCCCUGAUCAUCACCGAAGACAUGGGGGAGAUGGCAUCCCUCUUUACCUCUUUGCCAUUGUGGACAAUCUCUGAAGAGGAAUUUCUCGAGGAGUGUUCAAGAAAUGACGCCCUCACAUCAUUUGAAGCUUCAUUACCGAAUGAGGAUAUGACUUUCUGGCACGCACCGAUAGUAGGAACCUGA